AGACCCGCCGGUAACCCCAAGUAAAAUACCAAUAAUAUAGAUAGAUAAAAGAGCGAAAAGCGAUGGCCAGAAUCGCCGGAUUUUUGCGAGACUGAUGGGCGAACUCGAAGAACAGGCGACUCGUCCUCCGGCGCCGGAGACAUCAUCCGACGGCGCUCCGCCACAGCUCGAACCACCGGACGACGCUCUUCCUCCUCCGCCACCCCCUCCUCGUUUCGAUCCCAGCCGCAGUAAUUUCCUCCUUUACUUAUCGCAUCCGUUAGCCAGCAAUGUGAUCGGUAUCAUAAGAAGGAAGGCCUUGAUAAAAGAUUUAGCUGCUGUAUACCACGCAGAGUGCCUCGCAUACUGUCAAGAACUUCUGGAACUCCAAAGAAAGUGGGAAGAGACAUACACAAACAUAAAAACUCCAGAUGAUGCAAGGAAAGAGACGACAAGACCCACUAAGCGUUCAAAGAAAUCCCGUUAGGCAUCGAUGUUAAUGAAAGUUUUGCAUCGUUAUUUGUUUGUGUAGUCAAUGCUAUAAGCUGUGUAAAUGGAUCAUCAAAUUUUACUCUCUAACAUUUGCUAAAAACCUAUUGUUUUGGGUAUGAAAUAGAAUAUAGUUCAUUAUGCGAUGGUUUGCCAGGCUGCCGCACCAUCAAAAUC